AUCUGAAUACACACACACACACACACUCAUACACACUUAAUACACUAUCAGGUUAGCAAAUAAAACAGAAAACGCACGUACGCCGCGUCUCCUCAUGGCUUUCCAAUACCCAGAAGCUCGACGUGAUGAGGAAAAGAUUGAUGAUUAUCAUGGUGUAAAGAUCUCCGACCCUUAUUGGUGGCUGGAAGACCCUGACAAUGAUGAGACCAAGGCAUUUGUGGAGGAGCAGAAUAAGCUGACCAUGCCGUACCUGGAGCAGUGUGAGGUCAGAGCUCAGUUCCAACAGCGACUUACUGAACUCUACAACUACCCCAAAUACAGCUGCCCCUACAAGAGAGGAAAGAGAUAUUUUUACUCCCACAACGAGGGUUUGCAGAACCAGUAUGUGCUGUACGUGCAGGACUCGCUGGAAAGCCCGGCGUCCGUCUUCUUCGACCCUAACAAGCUCUCCGAGGACGGAACCGUGGCCCUCAAGAUGGGCCGCCUGUCGGAGGAUUGCGAGUAUUUCGCGUACGGACUGAGCAGCGCCGGUUCUGAUUGGGUCACGAUGAAAAUCAUGAAAGCCGAUGACCUCACUCAGCUGCCCGACGUGCUGGAGAGGGUGAAGUUCAGCUGCCUGGCGUGGACACACGAUGCCAAGGGAAUCUUCUACAACUGCUACCCGCUCCAGGAUGGCAAGGCUGAUGGCACGGAAACGACCACCAACCUGAACCAGAAACUCUUCUACCAUGUGAUUGGCACCCAGCAAUCAGAGGACGUCCUGGUGGCCGAAUUCCCCGACCACCCCAAAUGGCACAGCAGCGUCAUCAUAUCAGACGACGGUCGGUACGCUGUGUUGUGCAUCACUGAGGGAUGUGAGCCUGUAAAUCAGCUCUGGUACUGUGACCUACACCAGCUACCCAAUGGCAUCUCAGGCUUGCUGCCGUGGGUGAAGGUGGUGGAUAAUUUUGAAGCACAGUACUCCUACGUGACCAACGAGGGCACCGUCUUCACGUUCCGCACCAACCUGGAUGCACCCCGCUACUGCGUCAUCAACGUGGACCUCCAGAAACCGGAGACAGAGAACUGGAGCACGUUAAUUCCUCAGCAUGAGAAAGACGUCCUGGGUUUUGUUCAGUGUGUGAAUCAACGCUACCUGCUGGUCAAUUACGUGCGGGACGUGAAGGACGUCCUCCAUCUGUACGAACUCUCGUCCGGACGCUGGAUCCGUGACCUGCCGUUGGACGUGGGCACGGUGGCCGGGCUCAGCUGCAAGAAGAAACACUCUGACUUCUUCUACAAGUUCACGUCCUUCACCACUCCUGGAAUCAUUUAUCACUACGACCUGAGCAAACCUGACGCUGAACCCACAAUCUUUAGACAAGUGGAGGUGAAAGGUGUGGAACCCUCCGACUACCAGACCAGCCAGGUGUUCUACCCCAGUAAAGAUGGCACCAAGAUACCCAUGUUCCUGGUACAUGCUCGUGGCAUAGAAAAGAACGGAUCACAUCCGGUUUUCCUCCACGGAUACGGAGGCUUUGAGAACGCCCUUCAGCCCUACUACAAUACUGCAAAUCUGCUCUUUGUUCGGCACCUGGGUGGCAUACUGGCCGUGGCUAACAUCCGAGGAGGAGGAGAGUACGGUCAGACAUGGCACAAAGCGGGCACCUUGGCAAACAAGCAGAACUGCUUCGACGAUUUCCAGUGUGCGGCCGAGUUUUUGAUCAAGGAGGGCUACACCACAGCCAGCCGCAUCGCCAUCAAUGGAGCCUCCAACGGGGGACUGCUCGUGGCUGCCUGUGUGAACCAGCGUCCGGAUCUGUUUGGUUGUGCUGUGGCUGAGGUAGGAGUGAUGGACAUGCUCAAGUUUCACAAGUUCACCAUCGGCCACGCCUGGACCACCGACUACGGCUGUGCGGACGACCCCGAGCAAUUCAAAUGGCUCAUCAGGUACUCGCCUCUCCACAACCUCCCACAACCUGGGACCGACGGUCCUUCAUAUCCGGCCAUGUUGCUCCUCACGGCGGAUCACGAUGACCGCGUGGUUCCUCUGCACACGCUGAAGUACACCGCGACCCUGCAGCACAGCGUGGGUCGUCGAGCCUCGCAAAAACGUCCGCUCCUCGUCCGGGUGGACACCCGCAGCGGGCACGGCGCUGGUAAACCCACAGCCAAAGCCAUCCUGGAAGAUACCCACAUCUUCUCCUUUAUUGCCCAGAACCUUGGCCUGCACUGGAGGGAGUGAGAGGAACCGGGACGUUCCUCUGUCCACAUGCUUGUUGUUGUUGGGGUGGUCACCUCAAGCUACUCUUAGUUUGGGUAUUUGUACGUGAGAAAGUACUUUUUAAUAAUUGAUUGAAACUUAAUUGUAGUAAAGGUGAAUAAUGUGCUAAUGUAGAAGUGCUCAAAUUGGACUCAGGACCUCGCAUAGGGUCGCCUAAAAUGCAGAAGAUUUUGUACAAGCUUUGGUUUCAUUUCUCCUUUAAUUUCAUUUAAUUUUAUGUCUAAAUGAUUUUUGAAACUGCACAAAUUUACAGUAAAUUGGGACAACAGACAGUUGGAGCGGAUCUGUAACUAAGUAAAAUUUGUUUGUUAAUAAUUUUUAUAACAGUAUAUUGAGCAUAUCUGAAUAUCGGGGGGUCAUGUCCCCCAGUAUACACUGUUAUUACAGCCUUAUCCUACAAUAAAAAUGACCACUAUGACCA